AUACAUUUACAAGUUGUUAAUAAUUUUUUAUUGCAAGUGAAAUUUGUGUUAAAAUUAAUUACUUUGAUAUAGAAUACGAAGGACAAAUGUAAAGUAUAUCGUUUUAGACGUUAAUAUAUGUAGUUGAAAGAAGAAGGAAAGGGAGGAAUUAAAAGGAACAACGUAAAGGAGAGGGAAAUAAAAGAAUAAUAGAUAGUCGUACGCGGAGUUGCAAACUCGUGUGAGCACGUGGGCGUGCGCGGAGUUGUGUCAGUCAUGCGCGUCAAGGGAUUUUUCUCAUUCGGUUACACCAAAUAAUAGGACCAAAUUAUCAAGUUAGAAAGAGAAAGAGAGAGAGAGAGAGAGAAUGCAAGCAAUCGUAAAAAGACGACCACGACGACCCCCGGUGGAAAGCACGAACAACGCAUAAUGCGAGCAGCGGCGGUGCUUUCUCUUUCAACAAUUUCAAUUGAUUGUAUCAUCAUCGUAAAAGAGGAUAUUUGGAGAUCCUUGUUCUCACACUUUCUUGCACGUUGCAUGGAAAACUGGUCAAAACGCAAUCAUCGUUGGAUAGAACGAUAGACCGCAUGGGGUGACCGAGUGAUGUGUGCUCGCCAUAUUGAAUGAAUGACGCAAUCUGUACACAAAACAUUACGCGUGCAUCUCGAAGAAAGCGAUUUGGAGAAAUGAAUUGUUGUUGACACUCGUAGACGACUUUUCGUUCUUUGACGACGUAAUCUUCCUUUACAUUCCUCUCUCUCUCUCUUUCUGUUUCAGUCCAUCCCCACUCUCGUUCCUUCUGCCACACUCUGUGUCAUUCUCUAUCCCGCGUCCUCUCAUUAUUUCGCUCGCUUGCAUUAGUAAGAGACGUCACGCGUUGAUAGCGUAACGAUACGUGCUCGUAACCGAGCUUGUGUACUACGAAGAUAGAUCAUUGAGGUGAAUCAUUCGUGUUUUUUUUUAUUCUUCUUCUUUGUCAAGAUACAAGUUUCUUUUUGUUUGAUUCCUUGGGUGUAAUCGUCGUCCUUCCUUCUCGCCGCCGCCGCGUCGUUCUAAGGGUACGUGCGCACGCGACCGCGCGCGCCUAAUUUUCAUAUUGACAAAAAGAUAAAUACAAAUAAAAAAAAUGGCUGCGAAAAGUGCUACAGAUUUAGUUGACUAUCUCGGAGAAUAUAGACGAUACUUCGAAGAGUUCAUUCGAAAAAUCAAUCCGGAGGAUCAACUGCCUAUGAAGGUUAAUGCAUACAGUAUUACGCAAACGGAACUCGUCGGGGAGAUCAUCUACUUGACGCUGCAGUACAUUAAACAACCACGUUGUCCAUGCAGUCUACAAGGAUAUCUCGUUCGCCUUGUAUUACAAGAAAUAAAGGAUUUAUGCGAGAAACAACCAGAAGAAUGCGGGUUCAAGUUGGAAACAAAAACAUAUGCUCCACUGAAACUUAUGCAAGCAGUUACGAGCAAAGUAAAUGAAAUAUUUACUCGCUACUUAGACAAUAGUAGAUUAGUAACGUUACCUCCACCUUCUUCUAAAUUGCCACCUUUGGCAAGAAGCGGCGCACUGAAGAAUGGCAAAAGAAAAAUGGAGGAUAGGCAUGUAGAGAUUUAUGACUUACAUACUACUUGUAAUGUACAGAAUGACUCCUUAGCAAGUUACUUCGCAGUAUUUGAUGGGCAUGGAGGAGAAGACGCCGCUGUCUAUUGCGCUACACACUUGCAUCAGUAUUUAGCAGAGAGUAUAUAUUAUCCUACAGAUCCGGAGCGUGCCUUAUGCGACGCUUUUCACACUACCGAUACAAGAUUUAUAGAAAAAGAGAGAACUCAAAAAGUAAUUGGAGGUACAACCGCAGUUUGCGUGUUAUUGUUAGAUAAAAAAUUAUAUAUUGCUUGGGUAGGAGAUUCUUUGGCUAUGCUAGCUAAACGUGGCAAAGUGGAAGAAUUAGUAUAUCCUCAUAGACUAUCUCGAUAUGAUGAAUCUGAAAGAAUACAAAAAAUGGGUGGAAUGCUGGCAUUCAAUCAGGGUACAGUGCGAGUUAAUGGAGUUUUGGCCGUAUCUCGCGCUAUUGGAGAUGUACAAUACAAACCUUACGUAACGAGUGUUCCUGAUACACGUUGCAUUUCUUUAGACGGUACCGAGGAUUUUAUUAUCAUUGCUACCGAUGGAGUCUGGGAUUUUGUCAACACUUAUGAUGCUGCUAUGAUCGUUUACGUAGCUAUACGAGAAUAUCCUGACGAUCCAAAUUACGCUGUUACGAGUUUGAUAAAAGCAGCCAAACACGCAGGCUCGUUGGACAAUAUAACAGCGAUUGUAGUAUUCUUAACGCCACCGAGUGAUAUAACAACGAGGUCGACCGACGUAAAUUCUGUUCUCGUCGUGAAAUCGAUGAAAAACAUGGCCUUAAAUAAUCCCUACGUACAAAAGGAUCUAAACGAUGGCUUGUUCUUUAAGCAGAUGAAGCAAUACCAACAACAGCAUCAGCAAUCGUACGACAACGAUGAAGAAGAGAGGCACGCUAAUGGAUCGGAUGAAACGCCAAUGGAUGACGGUGGUUUUCACGAUGAGAUAACUUGUGGAAAUGCUGAUGGAAAACACGAAGAGAACGAUACCGCGGAUUACAUUUAUGAGGAUCUUGGACCAGAGACCGACGUUGAUGCUGUCGAUGACGCGAAUAAUGCGGAAAACGUGAACGAUGUACUCGAAAAUCCACUUCUCGACAAUGCUCCUAAUAUUGUUGCCAAUUUCUCGCACGGCAUUUCCCAGGGGGACAAAAAUAUGCCUACGGACGAGAAUAAUUUCCAGGAAAAUAAUACAGACCUCAAAGUUACUCUAGAAUCGACAACCCUUGACGACAAAGACUCGUCAGCCAACAACGAUAUCAAAGCUCUUCAGCAUGCAUUGUUACCCGAAGCGGAUAAUGUAGCGGAUAGCGAGGAUUCCGAGGACGAGUGGAAUUACUAUCGCGUUGGGCCAAAUAAAGAGAAAGAUACUAUCACAACUUCCGAAGAGCUACGUGAAAUAAAUAACGACAACGAAAUUAAAAACGUUGAACACCUCGACGAGGAUAAUAACGUAGAAGAAUUAUCUCGGUCUCCAACAUCCGAGCAUCAUAAUAGCAGCAGCAGAAGUAGCAGCAGUAGCAGCGAAUGCGAGAGUCAAAAAGGGGAAGAAAUAUUACCCGAGCUUAGUAACACUGAUAUUGGCAUCGAAGAAAAACAAAUUGACUCCGCGUUCCUGAAUCUAGAAAACGAAGUUGAAAAGAAAGAAAAAGAAGAAAAAGAAAGAAACGAAGGAUACGACGAGGACAAAGAGUAUAAACGAGAAGAAGAAGAAGAGGAAGAAGAGUAUAAACGAGAAGAAGAAGAAGAGGAAGAAGAGUAUAAACGAGAAGAAGAGGAAGACGAUUAUAAUAAACGAGAAAAAGAAGAAGAAGAGGAAGACAAAAAUAUGGAUUCUCAAUUGAAUCCUAACGCGGCGGAAUUUAUUCCGAUCUCGUCGCCAAAGCGUGCAAUUAAAAUUAGUGCGAUAAAUGAUAGUUUCGUUGCAGGCUCUCCUAUGAAAACAGCAAUCAUGGACGAUAUAAUGGUACCGAGCGAACAAGAAUUUGAUGAGGAAAUAUCUGCUAGGCCUCAUGAAAUCGAUGAGAAAGAUUCAUCGUCUAAUGGCAAUCACGCAGCCCAUUCCGAUUAUGAUUUUUAUACGGAACAACAGAAAAUAAUGAACCCAACAACUGCCACCACCACCACUACUACCGCCGCUGCCGCCGCCGGUCUAGACGAAUCUGAGAUUUCUUCGACCAAAGCCGAAUACGGGGAUGAAACGAUAAGCUUUUUAUGUACAACAAGUAUAGAUUUACAUAAAACUGAUAUCUCAACGAUGGAAGAGUCCUUUGGGGAUUCGGAUUGCGAUAUUUAUAAUAGAGAUAAUCCAAUGGUAAUUUCUUAUACUCCGGGCGAUUUUAAAGCAGCAUUUAAUAAAGAAGUCGAUUUAAAUGCUGUUCACAAUCUAAGCGAUGAGGAUUUAGAAGAUGAAAAUUUUUCUUCCGAAAUACAAACUUCUUCCCAGUCCCCAAAAACAACGGAUUUAGGGCGUCGCAUUGAAUUUGAUAUAUUAUCAAACGGAGAUACGUCUAAUGAAAUACAAACGUCAUCUUUAUUGUCAAAGGACGAUAAUAACACUUUCUUAAAGUUUCAAGAUUCCGUUGAACCAAAAAAUACGGAAUUUAUUCAAGUUGAAUUAGAACAUCAUCCGUCAUCGUCUCCAAUCGAUCCAUCAUUCCAGUACGAUUUUUCGAAGGAACAGGAUAAUAAAUCUUUUGAUUUGUUAGAAAAUAAAGAAGAGGCGAUGAGUGGUGAACGACGAGAAGAAGAAAAAGAAGAUAAAAAAGAGGAAGAAGAAGAAGUAAAAGAAACCGAACAAGCAGAAACGCACAAAGAAGCGGAAUACGUCGAUGAUGAAAAAGAUAUCGCAGCAGACAACGAUAUUAUUCCUAGCAAGGACAACAGCGAACUUAUCGUAGAUAUACCAGUCGAAAUUGCAACGGAUUUAAUUCAGUCGGAAAUUUUCAAAGAUAAUACGAUAUCGCAAGAUCAAUACAAUUUCUUGUCAUCUACGAUCGAUGAAUCGUCGAAAUUAAAUCCUCCGAUCAAAACGGAACUCGUUGAGACAUCUACUGAACCUAUGAAAAACGGUCUAAUCUCUUCCAUGGAAAAUCUCAAGUUAACUACAGGAGAGGAAGAACGUCCUAUUAUGGUUUUUAACUUAUGCUCAGAGGUUUCAGAAUUUCAACCAAUUAAGAGUUCCGUCGAUCCGUUUUGUACCGGAGAACCAGCAUUGUCUGAUAUCGCAUCGAAACAAUCACUUUUAGAAGAUUCUUCAACGCAACAACAACCUGAUUUAAUGGAGAAUUGUCAUAAAGAAUCAGCCUCUUUUCUUCCAGCGUUUGCCUCGGAGACAGUCAACGACAAUGAUCGACCUACUGAAAAUUUGUUAAAACUUAACGAAACUACUACUCAAGUUCCUACAAUAGAUCACAUCGAAGAAAACAAAUCCGACGAAUAUUCUAAAUCUUAUUCUUUCGGAGAUAUUAGUGAGAAAUCAUCGCAACGUAUGGAUGAAUCCGUAUGUCCUAUUAAUACAAAUGACAAACAAAUUUAUAUGGAGUGGGAAAGUUCUCCAGAAAAGAAAUUUACUAACGAUAUGAAAGUCGAUGAUAUUGCGUUAAAUUUGUCAGAAUUAGAUGAUUCAAAGGACCCAAUAAUGCAGCAACUUGAUUCAACGGAGAAUCAUCAAAAAGAAUCGUCCUCUUUUCUACCAACGUUUGCCUCGGAGACAGUCAACGACAAUGAUCGACCUACUGAAAAUUUGUCAAAACUUAACGAAACUACCACUGAAGUGCCUAUAAUAGAUAACAUCGAAGAAAACAAAGCUGACGAAUAUCCUCAAUCUUAUUCUUUCGAAGAUAUUACAGAGAAAAAAUCUACUGAUAAAAUGGAAGUCGACGUUAAUGAAUUAGUAAAAGUCGGUGAUAAGAUUGCAUUAUAUUUAUCGGAAUCUGUACAAGAAUUUACAGGCUUAGAGAAACAAUUAGAGCCUGAAAAUUGUAUACCCGAGGAAUCUCCAAUAGCCGAAUUGACUCCAAGCAUCGAAGAUAAAAUGAUGAAUGAGAAAGUUGUUGAACUUAAAGAGUCAGUUGUACAAGAAACUGUCGAAGAAAACUUACUUUUAGAUACUAAAGUAGAAGAAGAAGAAGAAGAAAAAGAAGAAGAAGCAUUAGAAGCUAAGGAAGAUGUCGAAAUUGUACAAGUUACACAAUCAACAGACUUGUCAAAGCCUACAGAACUUGUGACACCCAUAGAAGAUAUUGUAAUUGAAAAAGCUUCGGAUGCUUUCGACCUAGAAAAACCUGUAUCAACGCCUACAGAUACCAAGACGACUGUCCUUUUUACGGGAAUCAAAGAAAGCGAGGAAUCUCUAAGAAACGUAGAAAUAAUCAAAUCCGAAGAUACUACUACUAACAUGGAAAUGAUAGAAACUGCAGAAAUUGAAGAGCCUGCGAAUAUUGCUAAAACUGUAGGCAUUACUGAGGCUGUAUCGGCAACGAUUGUGCAGGAUGUAGAAGAACAGAAGGUGACCGAACCUUUAAAAGUAGAAGAACCUCUAAAGGUCGAAGAAGAAAAAGAAAAAGCGACACCAGCUAUAGCUGCAGGAACAGUCACGGCAGUAACACCUACUACUACACCUACAAGCAACAAUAAAACCAAAGUAAAGUCUACAAUGACUCGAUCAACGAAACCUGGAAUCUCAAAUACUAAGGCUGCACCGCCAAAGUCUACUCCAACUUCGCCCUCUAAGAAUGUCACUUUGACGGCCAAAUCUUCAAGUUCUACAGCAACAGCACCUAUGACAAAGAAACCGACUGGAAGUGCAGCUGCUCGUCCUAAACAUCUAUUAACCGUCCUAAACAUGGAUACGGCGCCCACUAAAUCUUUAACUUCUACUAAUGCAGCAAAAUCAACAACAACGACGAAAAUGGCUAGCAAAACAUCGGCAACGACAACAUCGUCAACGACGAAGACUGCUACGCGUCCAAGCAGUGCCCAAACGAAAUCAAAGCCUUUACUAGCUUCAGCGAGAACUACUACUACUAGCUCGGUUGAAAAGAAAUCUACCCUUACUAGCGAUGCUAAACCUUUGAGUAAGAUAACCACAAAAGUUGCUGCUACUACCAAAUCGACAUCUGCUUCAGCUAAAACAAGCGCAAGUAAAACUACGACGGGUUCGCGAGCAUCGACUACCGCGAUAACGUCGACGACGACGACGACUACCUCAUCGGCGACCGGCAAAUCAAGACCUAUUUCCGCUACAACGGCAGCUAAAUCACCUGCAAAAUCAGCAGGUACGAAUGCAACGAGUUCUGGCGGUAGUUUAUCAAAUGCAACGAAAUCUAAAACAACUUCGACUAGUAAUAACACUACCAAGACUUCGCGUACUUUAGCAAAAUCACCAAUGAUCGACAAACAAAUCAAAGAGACCGCUAACAAGCAAAUCUCUAUGUCUCGUACUACGGGUUCACCAAUAACUAAAACAACACGUUCUUCUAUGUCCGCUACAACAACCCUUAGCUCUAAUACAACAAAACGUAUGUCGAGUCAAAAAUUAACCAGCACAACAUCAACGUCAGCACAUUCGCCAAUUAAAAAAGUUACAUCUAAAGUUACGUCUAGACAGUCGUCUGGUGCUGCUAUUAAAUCAUCAUCGACGACUAAAGUGAAAGUAAUGCAAAAUGGUACUGCGGAUAACGCCGAAAUUACGAAAACAACAACGACGGCGAUGACGACGACGAUAAUAACUACGGAUAGUAAAAACGAGGAUGAUGUACCUAAAAAAGAUUUGUCUCCCGUAGUCGCACACACCGAUAAUCAGUUAAUCUCGAGUGCCGAUUGAAUGGCUCUACGAUAAAAGAGCAUAUCUUGUAUGGAUCCGCUAAUUAUCAUAAUACGAACCCCGAGGACCCUUUUUAAAUUAAGCGGAUCGUUAUCGUUAUUGUUAUAUACUAAUCAUUUUUCUUUUCUUUUUCUUAUUAUUUUUAUUUUUUUUCACAAGAAGGAUAUAAAUGAGAUCCCAUAAUCCUUUGGUAGCGUUUUAAGGAACAUUUAUCGAAGGAAAACAUUUUUACUUUACUUAAGUAACAUAACAGUUUUAUAUAUAUGGUAAUGAAUACACAUAUAGAGAAAGAAGAGAAAAAGCAAAAAAAAAUAACCCACAUUGGAUUUUGUUUUAUCUUGUGACUAAGAAAAGACGUACACAACUAAGAAAUUUUAUCGCAUAUUAUUAUUAUUACUCUUAGCUUUCCAACCGUGUUUCGGUUGCGUGCCGCAAAGGAUUACCCAAUUAGAUAUCUAAAUCGGUGAGGAAGGUAAACGAUGAAAUAUUAUAUAUAAAAGAAAAAGAAAAUUAAAAAAAAAUAAAAAAAAAUAAAUAAAUAAAAAUUAAAAAAAAAUUAAAAAGUAAUAGAAGGAAAAAAAAGAAGAACCGAGGAAAAGGGGAGAGGAGGAACGGGAAAGAUUUUGUGCGAGCGUGAUAAUAAUGUAUGAGUGUAUCUUUGAAUGAAAGGACGAAAGAAAGAGAUGGAGAAAGAGAGAGGAACAGAAAGGGAAAAAAAAGAAAGAUUGACAAAGAAGAGAAACAGAGAGAAAAGAUUCUGAAUAAUUUUGUUGUGUAAAUAAUCAGAUGUGUUUUUCGAAGUGAUUUUAUCGUAAUUAUCCCGCGUGAUCUAUCUAAGGAUUGCGAAAAGUCAUCUGGUGCUCGUAAAAAUGGACCCCCCGCCCCCAGUAGUUUACAGCAGAACUAACUAAACUCGUAUAUGUCCUACGAUGAAAUUUAGCGAAGAUAAAACAUUGUCGUAUAAUUAUUAACAAUGACAAGAAAAAUGAUAGAGAAUAAAAUAAGCUUACGCGCAUCGCACUUUCAUACGCUAAUAAUAAUAAAAUCGACGAUAUCGAAUAAGUCGCCAGUAUAAUAAUUGUUGCUCUUAACGUAUAUAAACGAGACCGGACGGUUUUUUUAUAUUUUUUAAUUUUAUAUGUGCAUUAUAUAAUUGAUAUAAAGAUUAAUCGUCGUAUUUUAUGGAAAGAAAAACGCAUAUAUUUAUUUUUGUUUGUUCCUAUUUCUGAUGAGCGAGAGAGAGGAGUGGGAGGGUGAGAAGAAGAGGAAGAAGGGGAGAGUCGAGAGAGAGUAUACUAUAAGAAGAAGGAGAAAAAUAUAAUAUUAUAUAGCUUUGUCAUCGUAUUAAACACACACAUACACACAAUCACCCAUCCCCCAACACACACACGUACUAUUCAUCUGUGUACAGCACCUUUAUGAUUUAUUGUGAUACCAUAUAUAUUAUUAAAUAAAUCCAAACAAUAUACGAAGUCACACGCCCAGUCGUCGAAUAUAUCGUUUAACGAGUUUAACAAGAACUUAAAAACAAUCCCACCCUCCCCUUUGCCUAUCCUCUUAUCUAUUUUCUUUUUCUCUCUCUUUUUUAUUUUUUGUUUUUAACAACCGAUGACGUACAACUAAAAAUCGUGUGUCAUUUGUGACCAUGAGCAAUUUUUUUUGGUCCUUAUUUUUGUUGAGCCUUUUCUACAUAAAUAAAUGUUUGAUUUAAUCGUUGUUAUAAUAGGUAACCCCCAUGUAAAAUUAUAUGCUCAACGCGUGUAUUAAAAAUAAGUUGUGCAAUAA